AUGGUGCAAAUUUGGCUAAUGGAGCCAUAUCCUUGCGGCGAUCCUCGAUUACCACAUCAUAUGUUUCCACCAAAAAAAAUCACACCAGAUGAACUGACGAAAAGAACUGGCGCUUUAUAUUUUAAGAUUGAUACUUUGGAUCAAAUAAGUAUGUCAAAACGAAUUGCAUUACUUAAAAUGGAACGGAAUUUAACAAAAGAGGAUACUUAUACACUUGAUGCGCAGAGUACGGUUGAUUUCGUCGAAAAGCUUGAAGAACUUUUUGAAGAAACAGAAUUGGCUUGUGAACAAGCUCGAUUGAUUAUCGAAGGAUCUGCCUAUUACGACAUUGAGGAUGAAAAUGGAAAAUGGUUGCGUAUCCUUUGUGAAUUUGGCGAUUUAAUAAUUUUGCCACCGGGUAGACCAUUCAGGUUCACCACUACGCCAAAAAAUUUUGUUAAAAUGCGUCGAUUUUUCAAAGAGGAAGAUUCAGUGAAUUGA